AUGCUUCCGACAAUCACCCAGGAUUCGCCGCUGGCGGCGGCCAUCGCCGAGACCAUUCAGCCGAAAUUGGUGGAGAUGGGCUGGAGCGACGCUGGCCAGGAGUCUGCUCUUAUUGAAUACAUUGUCCUGAUGUUGGUGAACGGCAAGUCUCAAGAACAGCUUGCAACCGAGCUCUCGAACGACUUCCUCGGUCUCGACGAAGGUGACACACAAGCGCUAGAGUUUUCAAGAUGGCUGUUCGGACAGGUUGAGAUUCUCAACCAACAGAUCAAUGGCGUCUCAAGUCAAACUUCAGGCGGACAGGCUCCUUCAUUUGGACAAGGUUCCGCACAGGCGCAAGGCUCUGGAAACGGAGAUGCCGAAAUGGGUGGCACUGAUUCCAUACCCACUGGACCCAAGUCGAUGCGUAAUGGAAACCAACGAGGUGGUCGAGGAAGAAUGCUCAACCAUCUGAACCGCAAUAUGGAUCGCGCCGGCGACGCCGCUCUUCAUCGUGUGAACGGACAACAAGGAAACAGCCGCAUCGGUGGCCGCGGCCGAGACCAGCGGGGCGGCAGAGGAGGUCGCGGAGGUCGCAACAUGGGCGGUAUGGGCAUGGGCAUGGGUGGAAUGGGAGGAAACAUGGCCAACGGCAUGAUGCAAAUGAGUCCCGAGAAUCAGAUGCAGAUCAUGAACAUGUUGGAAGAACAGGCACGGAUGAUGUCCCAACUAAUGCCCGGCUUUGGAUCUCCAGCUAUCAACCCAUCCUUCCAGAACGGUCAGGCCGGUCGCCCACUCGGUGACCGAGUCCAACGUCCUGGCAGAGGCGGACGGUUCCAAAAAGGCGAUCACAAGCCACGCCAUGAUGGAGGCGAUGUCGACAUGGAUUCUUCCAUGAGCGGAGGGCAAGAUGAGAGCAACACAGACAGCGUCUGCCGUUUCAACCUCCGAUGUACGCGCAAUGAUUGUCCAUUCGCCCACCAAUCGCCUGCCGCCCCCGAAGGCACCUCAAUCGACCCCGCUGAUGUCUGCUCCUUCGGCGCGGCUUGCAAAAACCGAAAAUGUACCGGCCGCCACCCAUCACCGGCAGUCAAAUCUUCACACCAGGCCGAGGAGAUGUGUCGAUUCUUCCCUCACUGCACGAACAAGUUCUGCCACUUUAAGCACCCCAGCAUGCCGCUCUGCCGCAACGGAGCUGACUGCAAGACUGAGGGAUGCAAGUUCACUCAUGUUCAGACCGCCUGCAAGUUUAAUCCGUGCAUGAACCCCAACUGCCCGUACAAGCACGCUGAGGGCCAGCGGGGUGCAUUCAACGACAAAGUUUGGACUCCUAACGGCGGCACUCAUGUGAGCGAGCGCAAAUUUGUCGAUGGCGAAGAAGGAACCGAGGAAUUGAUCAAGCCCGAGGCUGAGACCGACGGGUCUCAGGGCCAGGAAAUGACUGCGUGA